UGUUGAUUCUUUUAACAACCGGAACAGUUAUCUCUUAACGCGUUAGAUGCUAUCGAGCCUCCCUGGCUUAUUAACAAAGAUAAUCGCGCCGUAGAAUUCCUCCGGGUCCGAUCGGAACUCUCGUCGAUAUCUCAAUCGAACACUUAAAGCCCGCAAGGCAAUUCAUCAACCGAUAGCGAGUACCUUCCUAGUCGUUCGCUCGCCGGCCGAGGAGAAGAGGAUUUCUAACUUUUCCCCCUGACGAGCUACGCAUUAUUCCUUCCCGAAGUUUAGACACCGAGUCGUCCCCACCAGCACGUGGACGACCAUUUCGUCCGUUUGUUUUUUUUUUCUUUUCUUUUUUUCUUCCCUCCAUCCUUGCGACAUCGCCAAGAGGAAUAACCAACUCCUCCGAGGCACUCCUCCGUGUCCCGAUUACGCGCGCCGAAUGGUGGCCGCCGAUCGCGCAAUCGUUACCCCAAAUAAGCGGAUCGAACGCCUUCGAUUCCGCUUUCGUGUCCAAGAGGCCGACAGUCUUCGACUCCGCGGGUCCACUGGCAUCGUCUCCGAUAAAACGAGCUCGUUCCGCUGAUAAGCCGAAAAAACAGCCGACCAGUCAGGACGCCGCACGGUCCGCACUCAGGUAACGCACCUGCGAAGGAUAAAUUGCGAUUACUUGCGACUACUUUCUCCCUAUCCCGGGAAUCAGGUUUACCGAGAUAAGAGUACAUCUUGCAAUGACCGGGGCGGUACUCGAGACUUUUAUCAAUGCCACCGACUGGCGAUUCAUUCGUUCAAUUGGAGAAAAUAGAUCGGCAUCGUCAGAUUAGCGCGGCGAUACAGUCGACCGUCAGCGGAUUCCGCUGAUACUUUGGACGCUAGUCUUAUGUAGGGUACCGAGCACAUCCCGAAUAUCAGCGGUUCCUCUCCUCCGGUCAAUUAAAAGUACGAGGAGGGCCAGUAGUAAGUCAAUCGACCGUUCAAUUGGGACGGGAGAAAUCGCCGGGGAAGAUCGUUAAGACAUUUGGACGGUACUCCUUGUUCCCUUCGGAUGUCGCGGUCCUUGGCGAGACCGAGAGAGACCAUGGACCGCCGACUGUCCGCACUCUUUACGACGCGGGUAAUGCAGUCGCUCGGGCUGGACGCGGUUUUCGGGGCCCUCGGCAGGAAGAAGCGACUCGAGGAGGCCCCUGCGGAGUCGAAACUUGCGAGAUGUCUCACCACCCUGGACCUGAUCGCCCUGGGGAUUGGAUCUACUCUGGGCGUGGGCGUCUACGUCCUCGCCGGCUCCGUGUCUCGUGACAUAGCCGGACCAGCUGUGGUCAUCUCCUUCGCCAUCGCCGCCCUGGCCUCGGUUUUCGCAGGGCUCUGCUAUGCGGAGUUUGGGGCCAGGGUACCUCGAGCUGGUUCGGCUUACAUCUACAGCUAUGUGACGAUGGGGGAGUUCAUCGCCUUCCUGAUUGGCUGGACGCUUAUCCUGGAGUACGUGAUCGGAUCUGCAAGCGUGGUGCGAGGACUCAGCACUUACGUGGACGCCUUGCUGAACAACACCAUGAGGAAGGCCUUCGAGUCGGCCGCGCCGAUCGACGUCAGCAACCUCUCCUCGUACCCGGACUUCUUUGCGUUUGGAGUGACCCUGUUAUUCGCGGCCGCGCUGGCAUUCGGCGCGAAGGAGUCCUCCUUGGUCAACAACGUCUUCACGGUGGUCAACCUGGUGGUGGUCCUCUUCGUGAUAAUCGUUGGCUCCUCCAAAGCUGAUACCUCGAACUGGAAGACUCAACCCACGUGUACCAAGACGGACUGCAAGUUUGGUACCGGAGGGUUUGCACCUUAUGGUAUCAGUGGCAUCAUCAGCGGGGCUGCGACUUGCUUCUAUGGGUUCAUCGGCUUCGACUGCGUGGCUACCACUGGAGAGGAAGCCAAGAACCCGCAGAAGUCCAUCCCCAUAGCCAUCGUGGUGUCCCUCACCAUCAUCUUCCUGGCGUAUUUUGGGGUCUCCACGGUUCUCACCAUGGUUUUGCCGUACUACGAGCAGAAUCCUGACGCCCCGUUUCCACAUCUCUUCGACAGCAUUGGAUAUCAAUGGGCUAAGUGGAUAGUGUCCAUCGGUGCCAUCUGUGGAUUGUGCGCCAGUUUACUAGGUGCCAUGUUCCCAUUGCCACGAGUUAUCUACGCCAUGGCCAUGGAUGGUCUCAUCUUCAAGUGGAUGGGGAAAGUCAGCUCCAGGUUCCAGACACCUUUGGUUGGAACCUUAUCUGCUGGUCUACUCACGGGUAUUCUUGCGGCCAUCUUCGAACUCUCCCAGCUGGUGAACAUGAUGAGCAUCGGUACCUUGCUGGCUUACUCCAUCGUUGCGGCUUGUGUACUUAUUCUGCGGUAUGAAGAGAGCGAAGCGUACGAGAAGAAGGAGGAUCGCGAUCCCAGGACGUUCAUGUUUAUCGUUAAGCAGCUUGUAAAUGCUAACAGGUUGCAUCACUCGACGAGACUCACGUCGCAAAUUGUAACGUGGCUUGUCUUUUUUUACUUUGUCCUGUGUAUAUGCACCACUGGUCUCAUCUCUGCUUACUCGGAUGAGAUCACCAAUAUCGACACUGUUGUAUUAGUGGUGCUUGUCGUUCUCGUUGUUCUUUUAAUAUUGUCCCUCUUCUUCAUCUACAUGCAGCCGGUGUCCGGGAAGAAGCUGGCCUUCUCCGUUCCACUGGUACCAAUUCUGCCAGGAGUCAGUAUCUUGGCGAACACAUAUUUGAUGAUGAUGUUGGACACCAUGACUUGGGUGCGGUUCAUCAUCUGGAUGGGGAUCGGGCUUAUUAUAUAUUUCUCUUAUGGCGUGUGGAACAGCGGCAUCAGAGAGAAGAGAUUUACGGCAAAGUUUGCCUCAACCAAUGGAAGUAUUAAUUUAGGUUUCCGCAACAGUAUUGACACUCCAAAGUGUACGUGACGACAGUUGCUGGCGACUGGCUGAGGGCGGUAUAAAUAAAAGUAUUGUCAUAUCAUGACACAAAAAUCACA